AGUCGCCUUCCCUCGCUGCCGCAGCCCAGGAGUCAAGCAAGUCCAGCGGUCUAUGGCGACGACCAACUGACCAAGUGAAGUGACCGACACCGAUCUCUCGCGGAGUCGCCGGCUGGGCGGGGCCGAUCCGGUUCCGGCCAUGGCGAAGCCGGCGCGGGCGCCGAGGCCGAAGCCGCCGCCGGCGCGGGCGUCCGCCCGUCGGCUCCUGGGCCUUGGCGGGCUCGGCGUCGCGGCGGCGGCGUACGUGGGCGUGGACUACCUGCGGUACCUCUCGCCGGCGUGGCACGGCCGGCUGCAGCCGGCGCUGUGGGCGGCGCUGGCGCUCGCGGCCGCCGCGCGCGCCCCGUUCUACCGCCACUGGUCCGCGGAGCUGCGCGCCGCGCUGCCCUUCCUGGGAUCCAUCGCCUUCAUGCUCGCCGCCUUCCUCUGCGAGGCCAUCUCUGUCCGCUUCGUCUCCGCCGUCAUGGGGCUGCACUGGCACGGAACUGCCGCGCCUCUUCCUGACACGGGUCAAUGGCUGCUUUUAUCAUUGAAUGAGAAGCUCCCUCAGAGCGUGGUUGAUCUACUGAGAGCUCACAUUAUCACUCUUCACCAUUAUCUGAUGUUGUUCAUCAUGUUGGGGUUCUCAGUUCUGUUUGACUGCAUCAAAGCUCCUGGUCUUGGUAUAGCCACAAGAUAUAUGUUCACUAUGGCAAUUGGUCGUGUGCUUCGGACGAUAACUUUCAUUGCUACCAUUCUUCCAUCUGCAAGACCUUGGUGUGCUGCAGCACGUUAUCAAAUACCUCAACAUCCUCAUCCUUGGGCACAGAAAUAUUAUGUUCCAUAUGCUUCUGAUUCAAAUGCUAUUCGUAGAGUCAUAACACAUGAUAUGGCAUAUGCGGCUGUUCAAGCUUACCCAGAUGAAUAUAGGCCCGAUUGGGGACGUAUGAGCUUCCUUGUAGACAUCUUGAGACCAACUCCUGGAGAAGGGCCUUCAUGGUACCAUCUUUUGAAGAAAGCUAGUGGCGGUUGCAAUGACCUUAUGUACAGUGGACACAUGCUCGUUGCUGUCCUUACUGCAAUGGCGUGGACGGAAGCAUAUGGGGGCUGGAUCUCUGUUGCAAUAUGGCUCCUCGUCCUGCACAGCGCACAGAGGGAGGUACGUGAGCGGCACCACUACAGCGUGGACUGUGUUGCUGCUAUCUACGUUGGCAUCCUGCUGUGGAGGAUGACAGGGUUCAUCUGGUCUGCCAGAGACCUGACCCGAGCUAGACGGCUAGCCAAGCUUGAGGAGAUCCAGAGCAGGUUGGUCCAUGCUGCCAAGGACAGUGACAUUGACGAGAUCAGGGGCCUGCUGAAGGAGGUGGAGCUAGCCGGCCAGGAGAAGCAGGGCUUCUCGCAGAGGGCUAUCCUGACCUUUGCCGCAGGAACAAUCAUCUUCACCUUGUCUUGUGUUCUCAUUGCCUUCACAAUGACUAGCGACGGUUGAUUUGGGUUCUGCUGGAUGCCCCUGGAUCUGAAUGUUAGCCACUUUUUCCUGGGCUAUACACUAUACUGUUUUCUUGUAGUGUGUUCAGUGUCAUUUGUGGAGCCUUGAGGGGAACCAUGUUUAAACAGAAAUGUAACUAGAUCCUAGUGGUGCCAAAAUUCGUGGAUGUUUUGCAGCUGCACGGGAAGCUGAUGGGUUGUCGGUAGAAUUUUGGUUGCUGUAGCUAAGUUUUACUCAAACAGAGGUUGAGGCUUUCAUUGCUUGCAAGGCACUGUAGGCUGUAGCGCAGCUUAUGCUACUGUUUUGCAAUGAGAUAGGCUGUACCACAGCUUAGGCCU